CAGUAACUGAAUACAACACAUAUCUAUGUCUCUAUAUAUUUUAAAUUAUAUAAAAAAUAAUAAUUGUUAAAAUACUGUUGUCGUUCACAAGUUUUUGAUAGUGUUAAAUUAUCAGAGAAAUGAGUUCACAUUAACUGUAAAACUUCAGUGUAUGGAUUAUAUGUUAUAUCAAGCUUUUUCUGCACUUCAUCGCAUGGUGAAAAAAGAUGCAAAACUCUCAGGAUCCUCAAGACUAUAAGCACAGCAGCAAUGGCAUCAGUCAACCCUCUAACACCACACAACAGAAAGCAGGAACCUCCAGGAAGAAUGACACGAUGCAACACUACCCUCAUUAAUCCAGGUCCUCCAGCAGUUUACAAGCUGAACACGGAAAGAAAAUACAUUGAUGGGACUGAUAAAAAGGUCAGACAGUGGACAUAUGGACAAAGAGACCCAAACAAGCAGAAUAAAGUCAUACUGAUUGUGGGAGAAACUGGAGCUGGGAAAACAACAAUCAUCAACACCAUGGUCAACCAUUUACUAGGAGUGAAGUUUGAGGAUCAAGAGUUUUAUCAAAUCACUGAAGAAGAACAACAGAGAGAUCAAUCCCAAACCCAGACCUCUGAGAUCACAGUUUAUGAGGUGUUUGUGGAAGAAAACACAACAUCUCUGACCAUCAUCGACACUCCAGGUUAUGGAGACACUCGAGGAUUCGAGAAAGAUGCAGAGAUUGCAGAAUAUCUGAGAAGAUUAUUUGCAGAUGUGGAUGGGAUUCACUAUAUUGAUGCAGUGUGUUUUGUGAUGAAGGCGUCUCAGAAUCGACUCUCUGGAAAAGAGCAUUACAUCUUUCACGCAGUUCUGUCUCUGUUUGGUAAAGAUAUCGAGAACAACAUAGUGUUUCUGCUCAGUUAUUCAGAUGGAGGACCACCAACAGAUGCUCUCAAUGCCAUUGAUAAAGCAGAAAUACCCUGCAGAAGAGAUGAAGACCAUGAACCUGUUCACUUCUUAUUCAACAACCGACAGAAAGAGAAGAGAGUCAAACGUUAUGAACACACUUACAGGUCAGCCUGGGAAAUGGGAGAGAACAGCAUCAAUGAGUUUUUCACAAUCCUGGAAGAGAAGAACAGAAAAAGUGUUCAGCUGACAUUAAAUGUGAUGAAGGAGCGAACACGACUUGAUGCUUGUGUCUGUAAUCUAAAGGAACGAAUCAUUGAGAAGGAGAAAAAAAUGAAUGAACUGGAUGAGAUUCAGAAAGUUCUUAGAGUGAACAGAGACAAGAUCAAGAAAUGUGAAAACUUUCAGUUUACAGUCAAUAGAGUUGUCAAAAAAAAGGUCCCCACUGAAAAAAUAUGGGUGUCAAAAUUUUGGCGUAAUGACUUGGCAACCAGCUGCCCUGUCUGUGAGGAAACCUGUCAUGAUGAGAAACGCUGCUGGUGGGUCUCUCCAAGUAAUCUCUUAAAGUGUGAAGUUAUGGUAAAUGACCACUGCACUGUGUGUACAGGAAAAUGUCAUUACAGCGAACACGUCAAGGAGAGAAGUAAGUACGUGAUAGAGACUGUGAAAACAGAAAUGUCAUUUAAUGAGCUUAAACAGGAGUAUGAAUGCUCUGAAGAAAAAGUUGUUACACACUUUGACGAGAAAAAAUAUGAAAAUACUAAAAAGGAAUAUGAAAAUGACAUGAAAGAGUCUGAAAGGAACACAGAAAUAGAAGAUAAACUGAUCAGUGAACUGAAAAAGAUUACUACUGAGAAAUCCAAUCUUCUGCAGGAAGCUUAUAUGAGCAUUAUGAGUCUGUGUAAUAUCGCACUAAAAGCAGACAGCGCUUUCACUCUUCAGCAUCUGGAUUUCCUGAUUCCCAGACUGAAGGAGGAAGAGGGAAAAGAGGAACAGGUGAAGAAGCUGGAGGAGCUGAAGAAAACUGCAGAAGAGCCGAAAAACAAAGGAGCAUUACAACAAGUGAAGGCUUUUUUUAGUUCACUGGUAAAAAGUAAAUAAAUGAACACCAAACAAAAAACUCAAUGUUAAAGUAAAAAAAAUAUAUAAAUAUAUAUAAUGAUCCAUGAGAGACAAUAAUUUACUCUAAACAAAUUCAUGAAGUUAAGUUCCAUUUUAUCAUUUUAAUGUUACUACAUUUACUUGUGUAAAUGUAUAAAUGCAUUUACAGUAUUUCCAUUGUAAACUUUAUCCUGAUAUCAAUAUUAAUAAUAAGAUGUUUCUUCUGACAAACAGUGCACCCCUGGUCAGUAAGAUGCACGUAAUCAUAUGCACAGAAUCAUGAUGCUCUUUUUGUUUGAUUUAAUCAGACGCUAAAGGCAGAUUUGGAAAACUAAAGGCUUGAUAGCACAUUAAUCCAGAAUAUAAGUGAAUUGAUUUUUUUUUUUUCUUUAGAAAAGUGAUAUCAAGAAUCUACAACACAAAUCUAAUAUAUUAUAAAAUAGAAAACCAACAUUUCUAUGUUAUAUGGAUAAGAUAUGCAAAGCAGCAAUGACAGGGUCUAGUGCUGUUUGGAGGACAUUGCAGUAAAGCAUGUCACAUUGAAAUCACUAAUGAAAAAUGCAGAAAAAUAUUCUGUAAAGUGAAAAUAACACAUCCAUUCCAAAAUACCAGUAAUUCUGAUAUCAUUAACCAGAAAUGAGCUCUAAACGGCUGCGCUUGUAGUUGUAAACAUUUGACUACAUCACAAACAAACUGGAUGGAUCAGUAUCGUGAACAACUUCAAUGAAAACAUAGAGGAACACUUUCGCAUGUCGAGAUGUACAUGAUAUGUGUGUGUGCUGGCGCU